AUGGUGCGCAUGUCGAUACCCAAGGAACCCGAGCAAGUGGUAAGACAGAGAGACGGAUCGGUGCUGGGUAAAAAGACCAUUCUCAAGAGCGACCAUUUCCCUGGCUGCCACAACAAAAACCUGCUCCCUCAUGUUGACGGUGCUCCCAAUUAUCGCAAGGCAAGUGCGUUGCCUGUCCACGGUGUUGCUAUUCCGACUAUUGAUGGAAUUCGCAAUGUUCUCAAGUACAUUGGUGCUGACAUCAACGGCGAGCGCUUUCGUGUACUUUGGAUUAACCUUCGCGAAGAACCGGUAGUGAUUUACAUUAACAGUCGGCCUUUUGUUCUGCGUGAUGUGGAGCAGCCCUUCUCAAAUCUUGAGUAUACGGGUAUUAACAGGAUCAGGGUGGAGCAAAUGGAAGAUCGAUUGAAAGUAGAUGUCCUCAUAGAAGCUGCUCGAUAUGCAAAUAAAAUCCUCGUAACUGAUGAACUACCAGAUGGUCAGAUGGUGGAUCAGUGGGAACCAGUUACACAUGAUUCAGUCAAAACACCACUAGAGGUAUACGAGGAGUUGACGCAUCAGUUCCUUGUCGAUUAUGAACGUGUUCCCAUAACAGAUGAGAAGUCUCCGAAAGAACAGGACUUUGAUGUUCUGGUUCAUAAAAUUUCUCAAGCUAGUGUAAGAACAGAGAUCGUAUUUAAUUGCCAAAUGGGGCGAGGACGAACGACCACGGGGAUGGUGAUUGCAACACUGAUUUAUCUUCAUCGCAUUGGAGCUUCAGGUAUUCCAAGAAACAACUCCAUGGGAAAAGUUUCUGGUUGCAGUUCUAGCAUUACUUCGGACUUACCAGAUUCAGAGGAAUCUAUCCGUAGAGGAGAAUAUGCAGUUAUCAGGAGCCUAAUUCGAGUUUUAGAGGGUGGCGUUGAAGGCAAAAGACAGGUUGAUGAAGUCAUCGACAAAUGUGCAUCUAUGCAGAAUCUACGUGAAGCUAUCGCUCAUUAUCGGAGCAGUAUUCUCUGUCAAGAUGACGAAAUGAAGAGGGAAGCUUCUCUUUCCUUUUUUGUGGAGUACUUGGAGAGAUAUUAUUUCCUCAUUUGUUUUUCUGUAUACCUCCACAUGGAAAGAGAGACUCUUUUUCCUAUAUCUCCUGGUCAAUGCAGUUUCACCGAGUGGAUGAGAGCUAGACCUGAGCUUUAUAGUAUACUGCGGAGAUUGCUGCGGAGAGAUCCAAUGGGAGCACUUGGUUAUGCCAAUAUAAAACCAUCCCUAGCUAAUGCUGAAUCUGCUGAUGGCCACCCAUUAGAGAUGAGUCAAGUUGCUGCCUUAAGGAACGGAGAGGUUCUGGGAAGUCAAACGGUUCUCAAAAGUGACCACUGUCCUGGUUGUCAACAUCCUGGGUUACCAGAAAGAGUAGAGGGUGCUCCUAAUUUUAGGGAAAUACCUGGAUUUCCAGUAUAUGGCGUUGCUAUUCCCACAGUCGAUGGAAUUCGAUCGGUCAUUCAAAGGAUUGGAAGCUCAAAAGGCGGCCGUCCAGUAUUCUGGCACAAUAUGAGAGAAGAACCUGUUGUUUACAUAAAUGGAAAGCCUUUCGUACUUCGUGAAGUUGAAAGACCAUAUAAAAAUAUGCUGGAAUACACGGGGAUUGAUUGUGAAAGAGUUGAACGAAUGGAAGCUAGACUUAAAGAUGAUAUAUUGCGGGAAGCUGAACGAUAUGAAGGGGCUAUAAUGGUCAUCCAUGAAAAUGAUGGAGGCCAAAUAUCAGAUGCUUGGGAACAUGUGAAGUUAGAUGCUGUGCAGACUCCACGGGAGGUAUUCAAGUGCUUUGAAACUGAUGGUUUUCCCAUCAAAUAUGCUCGUGUCCCGAUAACUGAUGGAAAAGCUCCAAAAGGGUCUGAUUUUGACACAUUGGCCAUGAACAUUGUAUCUGCUUCUAAGGACACGGCUUUUGUUUUCAACUGCCAGAUGGGAAUUGGAAGGACAACAACAGGUACGGUUAUCGCGUGCCUUCUGAAACUCCGAAUAGAUUAUGGAAGGCCUGUUAGACUGUUUGUUGAUGACUCGUCACAAUUAAAAUUGAGUAGUCAAAGUGUUGAUGAAAGGGAAGAUCAGAUCUCCACAUUGGUGUCUAAUCCUGAUAAAAUUAGGACAGGAGAAGAUUUGGGUCAUUCCUUCGGCAUUAAUGACAUCCUACUGCUAUGGAAGAUUACAAGAUUAUUUGACAAUGGGGUUGAAUGCCGAGAAGCAUUAGAUUCUAUUAUAGAUCGAUGUUCAGCCCUGCAGAACAUCCGACAAGCUGUCUUGCAGUACAGAAAGUUGUUUAAUCAGCAGGAUGUGGAGCCUAGAGAAAGAAGAGUGGCAUUAAAUCGUGGUGCUGAAUAUUUGGAGCGUUAUUUCCGUUUGAUUGCUUUUGCAGCAUAUCUAGGAAGCGAAGCUUUCGAUGGGUUUUGCGGACAUGGACAGUCAAAAAUGACCUUUAAGAAUUGGUUACAUCAGAGACCAGAAGUUCAAGCUAUGAAAUGGUCCAUCCGACUAAGACCUGGGCGAUUCCUUACCAUCCCUGAGGAAUUGAGAGCUCCCCAUGAAUCUCAGCAUGGAGAUGCUGUCAUGGAGGCAAUUGUGAAGGACCGUAAUGGUUCAGUUUUGGGUAAAGGUUCAAUACUGAAGAUGUAUUUCUUUCCUGGUCAACGAACCUCUAGCCACAUACAAAUCCACGGUGCACCUCAUGUCUACAAGGUGGAUGGAUAUCCUGUGUAUAGCAUGGCAACUCCAACAAUUGCCGGUGCAGAAGAGAUGCUAGUGUAUUUAGGUGCCAAGCCUACAGCAGAAGGAAGUGCUCCUCAGAGAGUAGUUUUAACAGAUCUAAGAGAAGAAGCUGUUGUUUACAUCAACAACACUCCUUUUGUUCUUAGAGAACUGAAUAAACCCGUUGAUACUCUCAAGCACAUAGGAAUCACUGGUCCAGUGGUGGAAAACAUGGAAGCACGUUUGAAAGAAGAUAUAAUAUCUGAGAUUAGAAAAUCUGGUGGUAGGAUGCUUUUGCACCGUGAAGAAUUUACCCCUGCUUUAAAACAGGCCAGUGUCGUUGGGUACUGGGAGAAUAUAUUUGUGGAUGAUGUUAAAACACCUGCAGAGGUAUACACAGCUCUGAAGCUUGAAGGAUACAAUAUAGCAUAUCAAAGGACCCCGUUAACGAGAGAGAGAGAAGCUUUGGCUUCAGAUGUUGAUUCCAUACAAUACUGUAAGGAUGACUCUGCAGGGUCAUAUCUUUUUGUAUCACACACGGGAUUUGGAGGUGUAUCAUAUGCUAUGGCUAUUGUUUGUAUAAGACUUGAAGCAGAGGCAGCAUUAAAAUCAUCAUCACGGAUUGUCGGGAUUCCUUCCUGUGGAGAACUUUUGAAUUCUGAUAAUGAAGCACGCAAAAUGGGUGACUACAGGGACAUACUAAGCCUAAUUCGAGUUCUUGUCCACGGUCCCGAGAGCAAAGCAGAUGUUGACUUUGUUAUAGACAGGUGUGCUGGGGCUGGACAUCUGAGAGAUGAUAUUCUUUACUACAGCAAGGAACUUGAAAAUCUUCCUAAUGGUAACGAUGAUCAUCGAGCUUACCUUGAGGACAUGGGUAUUAAGGCUUUAAGGCGAUACUUCUUUCUGAUCGCAUUUAGAUCCUAUCUGUACAGCACUUCAGCAAGUGAGAUGAGAUUCUCUACUUGGAUGGAUGCAAGGCCCGAACUGGGCUAUCUCUUGGAUCCACUCAUUAAAUUCAAACAUAUUUCUCUCUCCUCCCUCCUCUCUCCUCUCCCCUUCUCCUCUAUCUUCUGCCCGUUUCUCUCUUCUCUCUCAUCCCUCCUCUCUCGCUUUCUAUCUCUCUUUCCUCUCUCCCCGUCGGCUGUUCGCGGCCCAACCGAAGGCGCAUCCCACCACCGUCGGUCAUGUCGUCGCCGUCGACAGAAGACGUCGCCCAACAAGACGGUCGUUCAUCUCGCAGUCGUACACAGAUCCGAUACCUUCACCGCAGAUUCCGGCAACUCGUAUAAAGUUCAGGGCGAGUGUUCCAAACGUCGACGGCACCGCAAUCGCUGCCGUAACGUACCUCCACCACGCAUCCACCUUAUACCGCCAGUUCGUCGCCGCGGGUCUGCCGUCUGGCUACCGCAGCAUCAACUGCAUCACCUCCGCCAUCCGUCUCCGUCGUCCGUCGCCUCUUCUAGUCGCAGCAACAUCCCCGCCGUCGCUACCUGUCACCACCGCAAUCGACCCACGCCAGCUCCGCCACCUCGCGCACCAGCGAAAUUGCAGGUGUCCGGCGGCAAGAACCACCUCCGCCUGCCGCGCCAGCCUCGCCGGACUCUUUCGCCGGCACUAAUCCCGUUGCCGCCACGGGCCCACAUCUCCAUCUGA